CUUUUCCUGCAAUUUGGGGACCAUCAAAUAGAGUACACGUUAAGUGAUUGAUAAAAUAAGGCCUAGGCAUGUUGGCUUGGCUUGGAUUAGAGUUGGAGUAUAAGCAUAAAAACGUGAUGUAGAGACAGACGCAAAGGAAAGUGCACGUUUCAUGAAAAAACAAACAUUGUCAACCCUCUGAUUGGGAUCUUAAAUACUAGAAUCUUGUUCGAAUUUGGAAUCAUCAUAUAAGGCCCUUGGUGGCUUCCAACCCACAACAACCCAACAUGGAGAAUUCCCUCUACUCUCCAACUCCAUGUUCCCAGCAACAUCUUCUUGACAACAGGGAAGAAUCAGAGACAGAACUUCCUAGUCUCAACACCAAACCACACAAGAAGCUAGCACUUCUUCCUUUGGUGUUUCUCAUCUAUUUUGAGGUUGCUGGUGGCCCCUAUGGUGAAGAAUCUGCAGUGGGUGCUGCAGGCCCUCUCUUUGCCAUUCUUGGCUUUGUUGUGUUCCCUUUCAUUUGGAGUAUCCCAGAGGCUCUUCUCACUGCAGAAUUGGCCACAACCUUUCCUGGUAAUGGUGGGUUUGUCAUAUGGGCUAAUGAAGCCUUUGGUCCCUUCUGGGGUUCCCUAAUGGGCUUCUGGAAGUUCUUCAGUGGGGUCAUAAACUUAGCCUCAUACCCAGUUCUGUGUAUAGAUUAUCUCAAGCUUGUGAUUCCAUGUUUGUCUUCUGGUUUACCUCGCUAUGUGUCCAUAUUCCUCUCCACUUGUGUGCUAUCUUUUCUCAAUUAUUCUGGUUUGGCUAUAGUGGGUUACACCGCAGUUGCUCUUGGGGUUGUUUCCCUUUUGCCCUUUGUGGUGUUGUCCUUGUUUUCCAUACCCAAAAUUGACCCCACCAAGUGGCUAAGUUUGGGUCAGGAGGGUGUUAAGAAGGACUGGACUUUGUAUUUCAACACUGUCUUUUGGAACUUGAACUUUUGGGACAGUGCCAGUACUCUGGCAGGUGAAGUUGAGGAACCCCAUAAAACGUUCCCAAAGGCUUUGUUAUCUGCAGGGUUGCUUACUUGUUUGGGUUAUAUAAUUCCUUUACUUGCUGCCACUGGGGCCACGCCACUUCACCAGGAAAGUUGGGUUGAUGGGUAUUUUGCAGAUGUGGCUGAGGUGAUUGCUGGCAAGUGGUUGAAAAUUUGGAUGGAAAUUGGUGCUGUUUUGUCAAUAAUUGGGCUAUUUGAAGCCCAAUUAAGCAGUGCUGCUUACCAGCUUCUGGGUAUGGCUGAUUUAGGAUUCAUACCAAGGAUUUUUGGGGAAAGGUCUAGGUGGUUUAACACUCCUUGGAUGGCCAUUUUGAUCUCUACAUUAAUUGCACUUGCUAUGUCCUUCUUAACCUUCACAGAAAUCAUAUCUACUGUGAAUUUCUUGUACAGUUUGGGGAUGCUUUUAGAGUUUGCAGCUUUCCUAAGGUUAAGGAGAAAAUUCCCAGCUUUGAAAAGGCCAUUUCAGGUUCCACUGGGGUUCCUUGGUUUGAUCCUAAUGUGCUUGGUACCAUCUGUUCUUUUGGUGUAUGUGAUGACUGUUGCUUCCAAAAUUGUGUAUGUUGCCAGUGCUUUCUUGACCUCCUUUGGGAUUGUGUUGUAUUAUUUGAUGAAUCUUUGCAAGUCCAAAAAGUGGAUUGAAUUCAGCAGGGUAGGAGAUAAAUUCGAUGAAGAUGGAGAUAUUUUAUAGAAGUUGAGUAUGAUUACCAUAUUUGUUAUUAUUUUUGGUGGAGCAACUUUGGUUGUAAUUCAUGUGACAUAUUUUUUAUUUCGGGUAGAAAAUAUGUUUAUAUUAUUUAUAAAUGUAUAUUUCUGCCGGAGAAAUUGGAUUCUCCUCAGUCAUUUUUUUCAGUAUAAUUGUCUUGCAAAUAUUUGUAUCAUUGGCUAUAUAGAUUCCCCAAUCAAUUAGCAGGGUGUUGUCGUUUUGUUCCAAUUAUUAUUUUAUUUCAAAUUGCAGUUUCUAAGAU